ACAACGUACGUCGCCGAGGCCCUGUACGCCUCGAUCCCUCGCGGCACGCCUCCUCCCUCGGCCGACACGGCGACCCGCACGGGCUCGUUCACGCUCCUCAUCUACGCCCUCGUCUCGCUCGCGGCCGGCACCUUCAUCCCGUACCUGACGACCCUCGCCGACUCGUUCCCGUCGCUCCCCUCGCGCGUUGGCCCCGUCGGCCGCCUCGUCCUGAGCGAGCUCACGCCGCGCAACAUGUGGACCUUCGCCCUCGCGUGGUACGCCGCGUGCAUGGUCGCCACCUUUUGGGCGACAAGCGUCCGCGGCGCAACGGCCGUCGUCGCCCUCGUCGGCGUGCCCUGGGCCAUCACGUGCUGGGUCCCGUUCGCGCUCGUCAAGGAGUCGAUCCGCGAGGUCUGCGGCGCCAUGGGUCACGCUCGCGGCGGCGGCGUCCUCGCGCAUCUUUUGGCCUCGAGCAGCUUCAAGGCGGCCAGUGCAUCUGCUGCCACGACCGGGUUCGCGCACUCGCACGACGAGGUCGGGCGCGUCGUCAACACGUCGGGCGGUGGCGUCCUCGCGCAUUUCUUGGCCUCAAGCAGCUUCAAGGCGGCCACGAGCUUUGCUGGGGAGCAGGCCGCCGAGGAGCACGCCGGCCAAGAUGCGGCGGCCCUGUGA